GUGAGAAAGCACACUUUGUAGGUUGGCGGGCUUCGUGAAGUUUGGAAAAACUUGCGGCAGACAUGACCACGGCGCAUCCGGCGCAUCGCUCCGGUUUAUCAGAGGACGAUUGCGCGUACGUUUGGCACAUAGAUUCCCCGGACAGAUGCGAAUGGGUAACCGACUGCGACGAUUGCUGGACGGAUUCUCCGCUGCAGUACAUACCUGGUUUAUUCUGCACCUUCCCCACGGAGAACAUACCACUUUUCGUGUUCGGUUUGAUCCUCUACGUCUUUUGGCUGAUGUACCUCUUUCUGAUCCUCGGAAUCACCGCGGACAACUUCUUCUGCCCAGCCCUCAGCAUAAUCGCCGAGAUACUUCACCUCUCGGACAACAUAGCGGGGGUUACGAUCCUGGCCUUUGGUAACGGAGCACCUGACAUUUUCACGGCGCUGGUUGCCCCGGUCGACGAAACCGUCGUCAUGUUCAACGAGCUAAUCGGCGCCGGGGUUUUCGUUACGUCGGUCAUCGCGGGCUCCGUUGCCGUCACUCGACCGUUCCAGGUUAAAUUCAGACCUUACCUGAGGGACACCGUCUUCUAUCUCGUCGCCGUUUGCUGGAUAGGGUGGGUCAUUCGGGACGAGACGGUCCACCUGUGGGAAGCCAUCAACAUUGCGUUGGACGUUGAACGUAAAAACGCUAUGACCAGGGACGAAGCGAUCGAGAAAGACGAAGAUGCCUACGCUGCCGCGGGACGACCCGAGGGACUUUUCCGCGAAUUUUUCUUCGACGUUUCACCGAUGAACAUGGAAGAUUGGAACGAGGCCCGGGGACUGAUGCGCGUCUUCCUCGUCAUCCGGGCGGUGCCCAUGUUCUUUCUGCAGCUUUUGAUACCCGUGGUGAAUCAGACCGCGGUGAAACGGGGAUGGUCGAAGCUUUUGAACUGCCUGCAGUUCUGCGUCACCCCUGUCGUAGCCGCCUACAUUCUGGACGUCGGAGAAUACACCGUCGGACCGAUUCCCGUCUACGCGCUGAUCGCGGUCAUCGGCGUGAGCGGAGCGCUGACGAUUUUUUUGAUAACCGACGCGCGGAAAGUACCGAAAUUUCACAACGGUUUCGCGUUCAUGGGGUUCCUGUCCGCCAUGGCGAUCGUGUAUUUGAUAGCUCAGCAGGUCUACGCCGUCCUGGCUACGCUGGGGACCGCUUUGACGAUUUCGGAUGGAACUUUGGGGAUGUUGUUCCUCGCCUGGGGAAACAGCAUCGGUGAUUUGAUAUCGAACGUCGCCAUAGCCAGGCGGGGCUACCCUCGGAUGGGAUACGCGGCUUGUUUCGGGGGGCCGCUUUUCAACACCCUCCUGGGUAUGGGUCUGACUUAUAGCCUAGCAGCGGCGCAAGAAGAUAACUUGAGAGCUCACGUGAGGGCGAGCGCAAUGGGUCCCGGAUGCAUCGCAUUCCUCCUCACUUCCUUGACAGCUUCCGCCUGUUAUCUGUUGACUACGGGAUGCGUCGCGAGAAGGUCCUACGGAUUCAUGUUGUACACCAUUUAUUUCAUGUUCGUUGUGAUGUGCAUCCUUGCGGAGAUCAACGUUAUCCAUCCGAUGGGGUCCGACCACAGGGACGAAUGA